AUGACCUCAAGGAAGGGUUUAUGUCUAGCGCUCGCAGGAGCUUUGGUAUCUAUUUGUUCGCAUAUAGUCAGUCAUUAUGCUCAUAGUACAUCGAAUAAAACGGAAACUUUUGAAACUUUUGCAAAUUUGAGAUUUUAUCACGUGACUUGCUCAUCUGAUCAACAUACGCGCUCGCCAAAAUUUGUUAUUGGGAUUACCUCUUUAUUCAGAUAUAUGGAGAAACUUAAUAAGUUUGUACUGAAAACAGAGCUUUGCCACCCACACACUAGAAUCAAUGGAUUUUUUGCUGUAACACCAUUAUUCCGAUGGAGUAAUGUUCGCGCUUUUGCAAAAGUAGCAUAUAAAAAGAACCCUACGAAGACAGCAGAACAAGUAUUCAACGAAUACAUUCAAAGUCUUCAGGCCAUAACGAAUACCAAAGGUGUGAAUAAGAAGGUGGUAGAAUAUGUUGCCGGUGUUCUCAAAAAAACAGUCAAAUCUGAAUGUUUGAAAAUCAUUGGAGACAGUCUGUUAGAAGCAGCAAAAAAAGAUGCAACAAAAAGACGAAAAAUAACCAAGAAGACACGAGAAGAGUUUCAAUGUGCAACAAUUGAUCACAGAGCAAAUCGAAGAACAGCUAUUUAUGCUGAUAGCCCUGAUUUGAGUCAUGAAAUUGAUGAUUCUUUUCAGCUCAGUCUAUCUGUUGAUAAUCUGGAACAAACAAACCAAUCUGGGGAAUUUGAACAGGCUGUGCCAACCUGGCUUGAAAAAAUUGAUGACUAUUAUCAACUGUUGACUUCACAGACAGAUUCUGAAAAAAGACACCAAGCAAUGUUGAUGCCCAUAUGGUGGCGCAUUAUUGAUGUGUCAGAUCCAAGUUUGGCUCCCAACAUUUUAACAAAGGUGGAGCUAUUGGAGGUCAGAAGCACAAUCAUCUCAGCUUUGCAAAGCCUGGAUUGGACUAAACUGGGUGACCCAGUUGAGAUGUGUUUGCAGUCACUGUCAAAGUUGAAAAAGGAAAGGUUGAGGAAGGUUGCAAAGUCUGUGAAAUUUCAUGGAGUUUAUGGAACACUCAAAGAGUUGCAAAACCUAUUGGAAAAGAAAGAAGACAAGAAUCCAUUCCUUGUACAAAAUUCCCUUGAUGACAAUGGGAUUAAUGAUAUUCUUGAUAAAGGAUACUACAGAGAUAAUGAUGUAUGUUAUGUUAUUGACUUGCUGCGUUUCACAUACGAAAUGAUCAGCAAAGGGAUCCCCAACCGCAAAAACUCUGAACGGGACAUCGAUAUUUUCAUAAAGUCACAUAUAUUCUCCUGUCUUGAUGAGAUUUUGGAUAGGCAUUUUGGUGAAGUAGUAUCUAGAGCUUCUAGGAGUCGCCGGAUGAAUGCAGUGGAUGCUUCGUCUGAAGCAGAAGGAUAUCACCUGGACUGGCUCUUCACUCGCCAUGAUAUAGCCAAAGACUUGACAUGGGGACAGGAAUUCUCCUUAUGUGAAAGGGCAGGUUCCAAGAUAGAAAAUGGCAAAAAGAUUUUAGACAAUAAUCUUAAGGUUCAGAAAACAAUCCGGGAUAUGCAUCGUACUCUAAUCGAUACCCUCGUUGAAACAGGCGGUGGAGCGGUUUCGAAGACGGUCGCGCAAGGGUUGAACAAAUUUUUGAUGCCUGGAUUCGUCUCGUCAAAUUAUUUCAUCCGUGUACUUUUGGACAUGUAUGUUGGCGGCGGAUAUCACGUCUCAAUCAGACUGGCGGAGUUUGACAUACCAACAACCUAUAACGAUCUGAGUGGAAUCAUAAAGAUGGCGCGAACCAUGUUACAAGUUAAGAAAAUUUUAAGGUCAACUAUCGAGUGCUUCACGCAGCUGAAGGAGAAAGCAGAGAGUGAUCGGAAUGGUGAGGACUCGAUCUUGGUGCCGGGCCGAGUGAAAGAAUUUUCUACACCAAAAAAACGAAAAGGGCGACAGACCAAGAAACUAUAG